AUCCCCAACAAAUAAUCGUGGCCCAGAUUUCUCCUCGCUCCAGGAAUGAACUGUUGAGAGCCAUACCCCUCUCUCUCUCUCUGGAUUCCGCACUGUAUCUUUCUGCUGCUCUUUUCUCUGAACUUUUUCCCAUAAAGUUUCUCGAUUCUGAUUCACUCCGAACUGGUUGUGCACUUCUCGUUCUCCUCUGGGCUUCUUUCUGAUGAAUUCGCCCCCUUCGUGAUCGGAUUCUGGAUCGGAGUCGCCGCCGGUAUGGCUUUCUCCGAAGUGUCCUAAAGGUUUUGGCGUGGCUGGCUCGCUUCGUUCCGAGGUAGGAUCUCUAUCGACUUGCCUUUAAUUUCAACCCUGUUAUUGGCUUACCACUUUUUGCUAAGCUAUUUCUAGUGGCUGCACUUCAAUGUCAUCGGAGCUAGAAGGAGCCUGUCGUUUUAUCUCUUAUUCGUAAGACAGGAUUACAUGGACACCUGCUCCUCUGGAGAGGACUUGGUUAUCAAGACACGGAAACCCUAUACAAUCACCAAGCAACGUGAACGAUGGACAGAGGAGGAGCAUAACAGGUUUCUAGAAGCCAUAAAGCUCUAUGGGCGAGCUUGGCAACGAAUUGAAGAACAUAUAGGGACCAAGACUGCUGUGCAGAUCAGAAGUCAUGCACAGAAAUUCUUUACAAAGUUGGAGAAGGAAGCUCUUGUUAAAGGAGUUCCAAUUCGACAAACUUUUGACAUAGAGAUUCCUCCUCCACGCCCAAAAAAGAAACCAAGCAAUCCUUAUCCUCGAAAGACUGGUGGAGGAUCACUCACACCACACGUGGGAGCUGCAAAGGAUGGAAAAAAAUUGUCGCCAUCUUCUCUCUCUGCUGGUAAACAAAUACUGGACUUGGAGAGACUACCACUUUCUCAGAAAUGUGGCGGAGAUGUAAAUCCAGUAAAUGCAAAAGAAAACCAGGAUGAUGGAAACUACUCUGAAAUUUUAUCCCUUUCUCAAGAAGCUCAAGAUUCUGUGCCAACACCAGGCACUUUUAGGGAGUUUGUGCCAAUGAUGGUGAGUACCCAGGAUGAAACAAAAGAAUCUUAUGAUACUGUUGAACCUAAUGGAGCACAUAAUGCGUCAAACUUCAAAAGUUCUAACUUUUCACAUCAGAAGUUUUUUCAAGGCAUGAAAACAGAUGAAAUGAGCAACCCUGAAAACGUUGGGCCAUUGCUAUCGAGUGAUCUACAAGCAACACAAAGCUAUCCCAGACAUGUUCCUGUGCAUGUUCUAAAUGGAAACCUAGGAAUGAGCACCCACAAUGUUUCUCCAGAUUUGGCAUACCAAGAAUCCAAAUUUCACCAAAUUGGAGAAACUCAUGGACUACCUAACCUAUGUAAUCCAUCUGCAUCUGCAAUCACAGAACAUCAGAUUAGUGCAUCAAGAUCUUCUGUAUAUCAAUCAUUUCCUCCUUUCCAUCCUCUUUUUGGCCAUAUCUGCAACAAUGAAGAUGAGUACCGAUCUUACCUUCAUCUUUCCUCCUCCUUUUCAAGUCUUAUUGUAACAACCCUGCUACAGAAUCCAGCAGUCCAUGCUGCAGCAAGCUUUGCAGCUUCAUUCUGGCCUUGCACAAAUAUGGAAGCUUCUGCAGAUUCUCCUGUGGGCACCUUGGGAGGUUUUCCAUCAAAGCCAAUGAAUGCAGCUCCUAGUACAGCAGCUAUUGCUGCUGCUACAGUUGCGGCUGCAACUGCAUGGUGGGCAGCUCACGGAAUGCUGCCCAUGUGCAGUGCUUUUCAGCCUGCCUUUUCUUGUACUCCAUCUGCAACUACAAUUCCAGUAGAUGCUAGUGUUGCAGCAGGCAACAAUGACAAGAGAGAGAGAGCUCCUCAUGAUCUUUCCUUGCAAAAUCAACAGCUGGACCCAGAAUAUUCUGAAGCUCUUGACGAACAGCAUUCUGCUUUGAAAUUGCCAAGUAUGUCAUCAUCAGAAUACGAGGAAAGUGAAGGCGCAAAACCAAAUGCUACAGUAGCUGUUGCUGAUCAUGAGGAAUCUGCUACAGUAACUGGGCUCCAUGAUUCAAACAAGAUGAACAGCAGAAAGCAGGUGGAUCGUUCUUCUUGUGGUUCCAACACGCCUUCAAGCAGUGAAGUAGAGACAGAUGCUUUAGAGAAGUCUGGCAAAGACAAUGAAGAGUCAAAAGAACCUGAUGUAAGCCAUACAACUGGUGACUGUAACAAUCGUCGCAGUAGAAGCAUCAGCUGUACAGAUUCAUGGAAAGAGGUCUCUGAAGAGGGCCGGUUAGCUUUUAUGGCACUCUUCUCUAGAGAGAGAUUGCCACAAAGCUUUUCACCGCCUCAUGAUCUGAAGAACAAGGAGUAUCAGAAGAAGAAUGGUGAAAAGGACAAGCAGAAGACGGAUGAGAAGGCGGAAGAUGCAUCACUGCUGGACCUUAACAGCAAGGCAGCAGUUACUACUUGUAGCCAUGAGGCAGUGGAGAAUAAGGUCGUCUUGAGAGGUGAAGAGUGCAUGCUGAGAAUGGAGAUUGGGCUGGGAAAGCUCAAGGCGCGGCGAACAGGGUUCAAACCAUAUAAAAGGUGUUCGGUGGAGGCCAAGGAGGGCAAGAUGGCAAUUGUGAGCAACCAAGGUGAAGAGAAAGCCUCCAAGAGAAUACGGCUAGAAGGGGAAGCUUCCAGUUGAUGACUCUUUGUGAUUAUAUUCAUCAUCAUGCAAUUUAGAGAGGAGACCUUUCUUGUUGCAUGUAAUUUUUAUUGUGUCCGCAGCUUCCACUUUCUCCCAUUAUGGUUUAAUUUGUCCAAAGUCACGAAACUUGUCGUGUAGGUGUGUGUGUACCAUACAUUUUAUCUGUACUCUCUUUUAAAACCUUGCACGUAUUUGCAAACUAUAUUGAGAAGACUGGAAAUUGUCUAGAAAUGAACGUCUUUUCACUCCAAAUAAAAGUAUGUGUUCUCUUCAUUCAA